GUCGAACAUGGCUGCGUCCGUCGCGACUCUGUGCUUGAGAUCUUGUGGUAGAAUCAAUAAUGUCAACUAUAAUGCACGAUUUAAUUUACGUGGUGCUAAGCGCUUGUUUUGUUCCACCUUCGACAAACCAGAGAGUGUCAAGAAAAGGGAGUUCACAGACCCUGAAGUUCAGGACAUUUUGACCAGAAUCACAGGGCUGGACUUGUAUAAAGUGUUUCGGCCAGUCAAGCAGGAGCUAAAACCACCAAAGUAUAAACUUAUGACGGAUCAUCAGUUAAAGGAGGCAGUGUAUAAGGCAGAGGAACACGCCCAGACGUUGUUAGAGAUGCCUCCGGUCUUACCAGAAAGGAAACCCAUCGAGGACGUUCUGUCUGAAGAUAAAAUACUUGAAGGCAUGGACACGGCCAAAUACGUCUUCACUGACAUUACCUACAACAUCCCACACAGAGAGAGGUUUAUCGUCGUGAGAGAGCCAAGUGGGACGUUGAGAAAAGCAUCAUGGGAGGAGAGAGACCGACUCGUACAAGUUUACUUCCCAAGGGAAGGCCGCAAGCUCACCGUGCCACCUAUCUUUAAAGAAGAAAACCUCAAGAUCGUGUUUGAUCAGUACAGACAUGAGGAUGUUCUGCACUACUGUCUUGUCCAGUUUGAACCAGACUCUGCAGAAUUUAAGAAGGUGCAUGCGCUGACCUACGAGGACAUUGUAAAGCAUGAGAAAUAUGAGCUGCUUAGAUCCACAUGCUUUUUCGGGGGUCUUGUUUGGUACCUGAUCGACACCCGUAGAAUCGACGGACUGCUGGCAGAAUUUCUGCAGAAAGAUGGGCUACAGGAUGCUGUAAAUUUGGUGCAUCUGUUUAAUCUGGUGCAUCCACAAAGUGACUCCGCUAUACAAUCUCAGAGCCAAACGGCCACCGGUAUUGACCUGCUUAAGGUCUAUGUUGAUUGUGAAUCACAAAGACCUGGAUUAAUAAAGCUGGCUUUGCAGAGUUAUGAACAGGCACCUGAAAAAGCAUCUGCUUAGAUGGAAAUUGAAUUGAAUAUUGAAUUUUGUUACAUACUGUACAUGCUUUAAAUAUUGCAACAACAUACACCAAGAUAUGAGCUGAUGUGGUAGAACAUGACAUUUCGUUCUUAAAAAACUGUUAAUAAAGUUGCAGCUAUCUAAAAUCUAUAA